AUGACUUGGAGAAUCAAAAAUUUUGAAAAUUUGGGUCAACAAGAGGCAUCUUCAAUUUCCGAUAAUUCUGUUAAAGGAACUCAAAGAAAGCAACAAUAUCGUAACAAAAUUUCCGAUACAACGUGGUGUGAUUGUUAUCUGGGAAGAGUUAGAAGCCAUAUGGCGUCACGUUAUUUUGAAGGAAUUAAACAUCAAAAGAGCUCGCAACGAACGUCCAGUGCUUAUUACAGUCCCUAA